UAAUGCAAAUUUUGUUAUCAUCAAAGAUAAUUUUUCAACUAUUAAUACAGAUAAAAAAUAAAAUUUUCAGCUUCCUGAAUAUUGUUUGUAAAUGGCCUGGAUCUACACACGACUCAUUCAUAUUUGCAAACAGCCGGAUUGGAGCCCACCUGGAAGCCCAUAAAGACGAUGGAUGGUUACUAGGAGAUUCUGGAUACCCAUGCAGACCGUGGCUGCUCACACCACUGGCCCAGCCUCAGACCCGUGCAGAGGAGAGAUACAACAGUAGUCACUGUCGAACCCGCAACACCAUCAAGAGAGCUUUUGGUCUCUUUAAGUCCAGAUUUAGGUGCAUCCACAAGUAUGCAGGCUGCCUGUGGUAUGGUGUGAAACAGUGCCACAAGAUUGUGUAUGCAGCUGCACAGCUGCAUAACUUUGCCAUAGACUUGAGACUACCCACACCACCUGUUGAUGAGGACGACACGGAUGAUGCAGAUGACAAUAUCCCUGCUCCUUAUCAUGCACAAGACAGGUACCGUGUCAGGAGGCAGCUCAUUGAAAAUGUAUUUGCUAAAAAUACAUGUCGAUAAGAGCCAGCUUCUCCUCCUCCACUGCCAGUCUCCUCCUUUCCACACUAAGCAGC